GCGAAUUUCAGACUAGAUUAAUAUUUUGUCUUCAGAAAGAAUCCUGCCUGAUCAAAAAGAUGAAGAUAAAAUGAAAGUGGCAACACUGACGCAACGGGUAAACGUAAUAGCAGAGCCUUCGGAUGUACGAGCAAGAUCCUUGUCGUGGCCAGAUGUGAGCGUGAAGCUAAUAAACAUGGACCAGAUGGCGAGAUGCAACAGCACUACCGUGGUUGAGAUGGCUGCAAGUCUCGCCAGGUACAAGAGCAGCUCUGUGGUUGAAGAUGUCUGUGAAAACGACAGCAGCAUCGUAACUGUGGUGGAAAUGGCGGCGAACAAAGCUAAACGCAACAUUGGUACUGUGAUAGAAAGAGCAACUGGUGUCUCUAAACACGACAGAAGUAUUGAGGUGAUGGCUGAUAGAGUCGUUAAGCGCAACGUUGGCACUGAAGUGGAGAUGGCAGGUGUCUCCAAACGCGACAGAAGUACUGGGAUGAAGCCUAAAGAUAUCGCUAAACACAAGAGAAGUCAUGUGGUCACGACGGCAGAUGUCCAUACCGACCAAAAGGGAAACGAGAGAAAAACGUGGCACCCCCAAAUUGUUCUUGGGUCGUAUCGGCAGAGGUCCAACACUUGGGCAGGGAAGGCCCGGAGUAGUCCGCAACCAUUAAAGAGAGAAAAGAGACCCUUCCAGAGCGCCUUCAGGAUAUAUUACCUGGACGAUGCCAAGAAUGCCAAGCCGUAUGGAGAGGUGACGCAACCUCGUAUAAGAUACAAGCCGCCUUGCAUCUGCCGACCUGACCAACCUCCCAGCUCUGUUUGCAUGACUGUCGAAGAAGAGCAAGCAGAGUAUGAAGCGAGGCACAACUAUUGCACCAGAUGUCUGAAAUGGCUAGCGUUUUUGGCGAAGAUGGCCAUAUUCCUGGGCAUUUGGUCUGGGUUGCUGUUCUGGUUCCUCUCAAGUGCUGGCUGGAUCAAUGUGGUGCCAGUCCCUAUAGUGUUGCCCAAGGAACUGAACACAUAUAUCGACAAGGAUCAGCACUUCAAAUUUCUUGUCAUAGAUAACACUUAUGAAGGCGUGGAUUUGGAAGUUCAGUACAUGGGGCCUUUUGCUGAAUCCAAUGUAUUCUUUAAUUGUCAGUACGAACGUCUGUACUACAACAGUAACAAGUUUAACCGAACCGAUGUGAAACGACAGGAAGCUGAAGCGGUUGAGGUGGACCAUCGGAUUUACGAGGAUUCUUACUCAGCCGUGACCACAGUAUGGAGAGCGUAUUAUGAUUAUGGUAUGUAUUAUAAAACCCUAAGGUAUAGCUCCGUAACGAUCACUGUGCGCCUGACCCGCUACAAUCUCUCCCGCCACCCCAUGUCGGUGUUUGCCGUGAAGUUUCCAUACAACUUUGUACGAUGGGGCAACGAACGGUUCUACAGCUACACUUUCGCGAAUUUCAAAGCUGUUGGCGGACGACGCUACGGACAUAUCCAUUAUGCAAACAAAACUAAUAACAGUGAUCUGUCCGUCAUUUACGGAUUGAAAUAUUCCUUAAACAUGAGCACGCAGCAAGCCUUGGAUGAUAAUAAGGAUUUGGACUCGGUCGCGUUCUCCAUACAAGUGCUGAAGGGCAUCGACCCUCGGUACACGACCACCACGACGACCCCGAAACCACCGAAUGUGGUACAACCAGCCGACUGCACUAAAUACAGUUUAAUUCUACUAGGACUUCUUUUCCUGUUGCUGUUUCUUCAGGCUAAUCGCAUGUUGGCAGUAUUCGUAAUAGGAGUAGCGUGCGUUGCAAUACUGGCAUAUCUGCGUGUGAGACCUGGACAUGAUACUAUAGUGACCUGGUUAAACCUGGACUACCUGUUUGAGGUCAUCUUCGCCAUGAUAUGCAUAGCAGUCGCUGGCGAGACAGGAAUAUAUGACCUAGUAUCCUCUUCAUUAUAUAAGUUAACAAACGGAUUUUUUGCAGUGUACACGACAAUCAUAUGUUUCACUACAUUUGGUUUAUCCUUGCUUGUAGACAAUGUUGUUGCCAUUUUGAUCAUGAACCCGUUGGCGAUAAGGACUUUGGAGGAAGGACACUUGAAUCCAGUCCCAGUUGUGAUGUCGAUGAUCCUGUACGCCAACAUAGCUGGCGUUUUGGACAAAGAUUACAACUAUGUCAACUACGCUAUACACUAUGGGAGAGAGAAAUGGGAGGCUUCUGAGGGGGCCUUCGCGGUAACCUCGUACACCGGAGUAAUGAUGCCUGGUGUGGGCAUCUGUCUACUCCUGACCACAGUCUACCUUGCUGUCAUGUUCCUGUUCCUUAGACCUCAGAAAUAUAAUAACGCGCCUGAUGCUGAGAUGAUACAUCAACAAUUGUUGCUGCGUAUGGCGGCCUCUGGUAUCCAAAGAACCAGUUGUCAUUGGGACACGGUGAGGAGAGAUCUGAUCGAGUGGUACCACGAGAUAGACAGGGUCAGGCUGAGGAGAUACGCCGAUGUCGAGAACCCACAUCCCACGCCACCCAGGCCGAAAUUUCACGAGAUCACAGACUACCCUGUAUUAUUUAAGCUGGGUCUCACUCUCUUCGUGUUUGCCCUUUUGUUUUACUUCAAGAAGUUUAACAUGUAUGGCUUAGGCGUGUCAUACAUAGGCUGGAUUAUGGUGAUCUGCACAGGUUUGCUCCUCAUACUGGUGAACCCCAUGGACCUCAACCUGCUGCUGUGGAAGGUGGACUGGAGUACCAUCUGGGUGUUCCUCUGCCUAUUCUUCCUUGAAAAGACUUUACAAACGUUUAACCUACACGAUACAUUAUAUAAGAAAAUGGAAGACCAUUCUUCAUUCCCAAAAGACCCGUCACAGUCGACAUACAUAAACUCCGUAAUGAACCAAGGAAAACAGAACCUUCUCUGGAUUGGGGGCAUUAUGUCUUGCUUAAUCUCAAACUUUGCUGCUGUUUCUGUGUUAAUCAAAGUCGGCAUUUUAUUCGGUAAACUUGUACCACUGGAGAAAAUUCCUUAUUUGGUGUGGGCUUUGACAUUUGGAGCCAACGUUGGAGGGUCAGGUACAAUCCUGGGAACAGGUGUGGCCAUUGCUGGGGCCGCGUCGGCGUGGCAACAGGGUUACCGCAUAGGCGCCUGGCGGUACCUCGUGUUUUGUCUACCGAUCACCAUCCUAAAUAUACUCGCUCUAUUUAUCUACAUGAAUGUGGCGUCUGAUUGAGCGCAGUAUAAGAGCUUGUCGACCUUAAGCAUACCCAGGACACUUCAUACAAACAACCACGUUUUACACAGACACUACACAUUGACGUUAUCGUACACGCGCAGAUGCGCGUGUACACAGAUGUGUGUGUGACGUCUGAAGCCCAUACGAUUGAAAGCUAAAGUAAGUUCGAGGGGGUGAGGUAAACCUAGCUCAGACGCUGGUGGGGAGCGGAGAGUUGCCGUUCUAUACAUAGUUUAUUUCUUAUUCUAUGACAUUGGGCCAGUGUUGGACAAGCAUGCUGAGCCAAUGUGUGCAACCAGUCCUCAACCAACUAUAGGGUUAUUUUAUCAGUAGUAUUUCAGCAGAUCUUGUCAAUAGCUGUAAGUUUAAAGUUUUAUAACUUAGUAUCAAAUCGUUUAAGCAUAAUGACACGCUAUGAUGACACGCAGUAUUGGUCCCGAUUCCAGUAAGUACACCAUCU